AUGGAUUUCAUUCUUUCUUUAACGCACUUCUGCGAGGUACAUGGUCCCACCUCGAUCAUCUGCUCGCAGGUCCUCCCUUUCUCCUGCUCGCAAUGUUAUCCGGAGAAAUCUACCCCCUCGCCCGAAGACACCCCUGCGACUUCACAUGACACCGUCUCUUCUCAUGGCCUUCGCAGCAGUAAUGCCAGUAGCAAACUCUCCCCGUCCUCGAAAUCGCCUGGCAAGCCGGCCGACCAGGGCGGCACUCCCCAUAAAAUUGAAGACUACCCGUGCUUCGUGAAGGGGCAAUCGAAUGCGACCGAGACGCAAAAACUAAAUAUUCUGGGAGGCGCAGAUGGUGACACUUGCGCAAGCUGUAGCUUGACCCUGCCGGAGGAUGUGAGCAAACAACUCCCUCCUGGGGCCCCCGGAACUGCCCGCAGUGACGGGAAGGGCAAAAACGGCAGCCCUGUGCUGCGAUCCAGGGAGGUCGUUUCUUCGUGCGGUGCAAGUCACCCCGAGCAGGACGACAGUACGCACGACUCGCACAUCCACGGCUCGCUUCCCGACUCCCUUCACUCAUCAUCCGUGGCUUCCGAUGUAUCCUGCCACAACCACAUCCUCACAUAUCUAUCUCUCAAGGGACCGCCAAACCCUGCGGAUUAUGCGCUACUUCGACGCUCCUCCAUCAGAACCCUCAGCUGUGAGCUUUUGCCACGCGGACUUUCCUCCGGCCCAUUGUGUUUCGGUGACUCCAAUGCGGGUUACACAAUCGCCUACAUAUUUCGACUCCCCGAUCCCAUGGCCCGCGGCAAACGGCGCAGCUAUGCGCUUGUAGCCUUAGCGGGCAAAGAUGCGCGCAGAGCCUUCCGUGCCUGUCCCAUAAUUUGGCGCACCUUUGAUCGAAUUGCAACUUCCAUCUACACUGCCGCAGAGAAGUUUCAGGAGGAAGAGAAACGUCGUGAUGAACAGAACAACGCAGUCAAUCGGCCUGGCAACCGACAGUACACCCCUGUCUCUUCUUUUCUUACCGGACGUGCUGUGGACCCAGAUGGGCAACUUCGCCGACCAGGUCAGGUCAAAGCCAGAAAUCUGACAGAGAUUGUCGGCAACCCCUACCUCUUUGCAGAAAUCCACGGAAGCUUUGUAGCUUUGCUACAACAACUUGGCUCCAUGUUUGGGGUCCCUCCGAUCUCGGAAGAACGCUUUAUUUGCAGUACCGUUCACGAAGAGGGAGAGACGAACCAUCGCCGCUCCGUAUCAUCGACUUCCGGAAAGGGGAAGGAGAAGACCUCCGCGCAGAAAGGUGACGAUGAUCUCGGCCUGUCGAACUUGGACUUAUCUUCAGGUCCUAAGCCUAUCCCCAUUGCGCCCCGACGAUCUGUCAUCGCUUAA